CUCAGGGCAAUAUAGUACUACAAGGAUAUUGUGGAACCUUUUCAAAUAGAAACAAAUACUUCUUUUAGCUUAACCAUUUAUAGUGGUCAGUUUCUGCUCCCCUAUUGGUCAAAACAUAACGCUGUCAAAAUUACAUUUUCCGACUGCAAUAACAUCUUUGUUGAACUAUACGCCCUUUAAUUUUUCAGUUAUCAACUUACCAAUUACUGAGUGGAAAUUAUGGAAAAAAUCAAGUGAUAUGAUAUAAAAUCUUACAUAGUUAACUAAGAAAUAUGUUUUGCCGCUAAAUAUGUUGCAAUUUAAGAGUUCUAGUGCAGCAAAAUUGCAUUUGUCUAUGUUUAAAAUUGGUGAAAUAUAAGGACUUUUGAUGUGGAUUGCAAUUGCACCUAGACAUAGCUGUAUAAAAACAUCAUAAAUCAAUAACUGAACCAGUUGAGCUACUGCGCUGCUGCGCUUCUGCGCGCUUACACCUGUGGAUGUAGGGCACAAAGAACACCUAAUCAAUGAAAAGUGGUAGUCUUAAGCCUGGUAUUCAGAUAAAGACUUAAUUGAAAUAGUGAAAUCGGAGAGUUAUACUUUAUUGUUACUUGAUUUAGUACAAGUGUAUUAUUAUGAGUGAUGAAUCUUCAUAUCUCAUUCAAAUUUUGAAGUUACUUAAAGUAUGAAUUUCUUAAUUGCAGAAUUAAUAAAAAUGAAUCCAUUAAAGUUAUCAAGGGUUGAUUUUGGUAUCCUUAUACAUCUUAUAUUUUUGUUUUCAAUUUUUGACAUAUAUUUUAAAUCUCCGGUGGUCAAAGAUGUUUUACCCUAUGAACCGAUCCAUGAGCCAACGUCAAAUCGACUUGUUCUUUUUGUGGUGGAUGGGCUACGAGCUGAGACCUUUGUAAAUCACACAACUAUGCCAUGUCUAAGGACCAUUGCUAACACAAAGGGAAGAUGGGGAAUAUCUCACACCCGAGUUCCCACGGAAUCCCGGCCUGGGCAUGUUGCCAUCAUUGCUGGUUUCUAUGAAGACCCCUCGGCAGUCACCCAAGGGUGGAAGGAUAAUCCUGUUGAUUUUGAUUCAGUUUUCAAUAGAACAAAACAUACCUGGGCCUGGGGAGCUUAUGAUAUAAUGGACAUCUUUACUAAAGGAAAUGUUGAUGAACACAUUUUUGUCUCCAAAUUUGAUCCAUAUGAUAAAACAUUUAGUGCUGACAAAAGUGCCCAUUUGCUAGAUGAAUGGGUUUUCCGGCAUGUAAAAGAAUUUUUCCAUGUUGCUGAAAAUGAUGAAGAUAUAAAGGAGAGAUUACAUUCUGAUAAAAUGGUAUUGUUUUUGCAUUUACUAGGCACAGACACUUCCGGUCAUACUGAUAAACCAAGAACAAAGAAUUUCCGUAAAACGGUGGAACAUGUGGACGUAAAUAUUAUAGAAAUAGAAGAAAUGAUCAGGGCAUUUUACAAAGAUGAUGGUAAAACAACCUUUCUUAUGACUUCUGACCACGGGAUGACAAAUUGGGGUUCCCAUGGUACAGGCGAUGACCAUGAGACAGAAACACCGUACGUAGUGUGGGGAGCCGGUGUACAACAAGUUAAGCAUGUGACUAAUGAUGCGGAAACUAUAAAUAUGUCCUUGGAACAUAGAUAUGAUAUAGAACAGGCUGAUUUGGCACCAUUGAUGUCAACUUUUCUAUCAAUUCCAGUCCCAGUAAAUUCUGUUGGCAAACUUCCAAUUGAUAUCUUAAACAUGACAUUACCAAAUAAAGCCAAAGCGAUGUACAGCAACAGCAAGCAACUCCUAUCUCAAUACAAUAAAAAGAAACAAGAUGUUGAAGAAUAUGUUGUUAAUAUCUUAUAUACACCCUACAACCCAUUGAACUCGGAGAAAAUUGAAGAAAUCACAAAAUUCUCACAGAAAUUACUCAAUGAACAACAAUAUGAAGAGUUGAUUCUAUUCAGUGAAGAAGUUAUGAAUUUAAGUUUAUCCGGUCUGAAUUAUUACCACAACUAUUAUCAGAAACCUCUUUUGAUUGCAACAACAUUGUCUUUCCUCGGCUGGAUUGUUUGCUUGUUUAAUAUGUUAGUAGAGGACAAUGUUUAUUCUCUCAUUGAAAUGUACAAGCUAAAAUGUGCCAAGCCUAAAGAAAGUUGUAUACUUAGAUAUAUGAUUAGAUUUGCAACAUCAACAUUGUCUAUUGUGACAAUAGCUCUUAUAUAUAUGCAAAACUUACCAAUCCUUUACUAUCUAUUUUUCUUAACACCAAUUGUGCUAUGGACAAAUGCUUUCAAGUAUUACAACCUCUGGGUCUAUACAAUCACACUGUUGAGAACCUACAAGGUUGUUUCAGAUACAAUAAUUCAAGUCGUUUGUUAUGCACUUGGAUGUCUGGCAAUGGGCUUAUCACUUACUCAUAGAUGGAUGUUGAGUAUUCCACUAAUCGGUAUGGGUGUUUGGCCAUGUUUUUCCACGUCACGUAAUUUAGUACCUUUGCCGUUACAUGCGUUUUGGAUGUUGGGAUGCAUGUUGCUUAGCUUCUUCUCUUUUAUGCCAGUGGUGGGACGUGAAGCUUACAUUGAAUUGGUUAUGAUUGCUGGAUGUUUUUGGAUGAUUUCAAUGUUGAUACUUACAAUAAUUUGGAAAGACAGUCGCACAAAUAGAAGGGAUGUGAUAGUAACUAUGAUUCAGUUUUCUGUAUUGGCCCUAUCUAUGUUCAUAGUAACUAUACAAGGUCAUCGACAUGAGCAAAGACUUGCACUAUAUGGUUACCUUCAAACAAUGUGUUGGGUUAUAUUAGUGGUGGCGGCGCUGCUGCCGCUGACGGUGACACGGCGCAUGAGCAGCCGGCUGCUGGCGGUCAACACCGCCGUCGUUAACAUCUACCUGCUGCUGGCCGUCGCACACGAGGCUCUCUUCAUUGUCGUUCUUAUAUUCAACAUCACCAGCUGGAUGGCCAUCGAAUUCAAAUUCCUCAAUUUGAAAAAUGCCCAGCUUACCGAUUACACAUUUUCUAAAGACGGCGAAGAAUUGGAGAUAGCUUUAGCACCAGCUUAUAGAACCCUCACCAGACAUGACUUCCGACGGGCAUUCUUCUUUACAAUGUACAUUUUCCUGGCGUUCUUCGGUACAGGAAACAUCGCUUCUUUGAACUCAUUUGAAAUACGCUGGGUGAUAUGUUUCACCACCUCCUACCAGCCCUUCAUCAUCACAGGUCUCGUGUUAUUGAAGACCCUGAUACCCUUCCUCUGUGUCGGUUGCACCUUCAAAGCGGUGCAGCAUAUCACAAAGGCGUCGCCGGAAUUUGUUUUCACGAUUGUGUUGAUUUAUUCCAACAUCAUGGGUACGCAGUUACUUUACUACGUGAAGAAUACUGGCAGCUGGUUGGAGAUAGGCACAUCGAUAUCUCAAUUUGUUAUUGUACAAAUUAUAACAGUUUUCAUUGUUAUAAUAAAUAUAAUAUCCAAGAUAUGGACCGAGGAGGAUAUGUACAGUUUCGCCUUUAAGAUAUUCGGAAAGACAAAAAAGAACGCUUAAAUAAUUUUUAAAUUUGCAUGUUAUUUAAUGGUUAGGUUUUUUUUACUUUUGUUAGGAGAAUCAUUACAAUAAUAAUGACUCACGACUGGUGUUUACGACUGAUUUAUUUUAGUAUUAUCGUAUGUAUAAUGCGUUUUGGAAGUUCGUUGGAAGUAAGAAUUACAGGUAUUCUAUUAUGGCCUAAGGCAUUUUAUAUUGGAACAAUUAUAAAACAUAUAUAUUUAUAGAAUUUGGUCGAUAUGCAGUUAUGAUUUU